UUUGCCUCACUUCUGCACCGGCUAGAAAAAACAGAUUGGCUUUGGUUCGAUUCAGAAUCUUCAGUCAGAGCAUUUAUUUGUUACUUGUGUCUUAAUUUCUUACGGCGACUUGCAAAUUACAUAGCCCGCACCUUUACAGACCCGAAGAAAGAUGUCUCAGGAAGAAAGUCUACCUGAGGGAUGGGAAGCUCGCAAGAGCCGGAGCACGGGUAUGACAUAUUACCUGAACUCCCACACUAAGAAGUCGCAGUGGGAGAAGCCCGAGGGCCCUGCUCCCAUGGAAGAGGAAGAGGAUGAUGGCAGUUCUCCGAAGAAGGUGCAGUGCAGCCACUUGUUGGUGAAGCAUGAAGGAAGCCGGCGCCCAUCAUCAUGGCGUGAGGAUAACAUCACUCGCUCUAAGGAGGAGGCACUAGCCAUUCUCUCAGAGUAUCGUCAGAAGAUUGUCAACAAGGAAGCAACAUUUGAAGAGUUGGCCAAACAGUACUCUGAUUGCUCAUCAGCCAAGCGUGACGGUGAUCUGGGUAUGUUCAAGAGGGGGCAAAUGCAGAAGCCUUUUGAGGAUUGUGCCUUCUCCCUGAAGAUAGGACAGCUCAGCCAGCCUGUUGAGACGGAUUCAGGAGUCCACAUUAUUCUCCGAACUGCCUAAAUCUAUCACAACAACUAUUGAUACACAGGUUCCACAUCUUAUUUUAUUGCAAAAUUUUAACUUUUACAUCAAUUUCAGAUCUUCAGGUAAUAUUUGUGUCAUAAAGUAGCAAAAUCAAUGAUUACUGAAAUAACUAUUAAUUAACUAUGAUACUAUACCUAAGGGCAAUUUUUAUUUUAUUUUGGGCUUUGUUAUUUUGUUUAAAACAAAAGACCCCAAGCUAUGAAGUUAUGAUUUACAAUAAAUUAGAUAUACUUAAGUCUUGUUAGUAUUGGAUAACUUAUUAAAUUAUAUUUUUUACAAAAUACAUAAUGGUUUCACAAGAUUGUUAUUGAGGUUUAACAUGGGGAGUAUUUUAAUUUUAAACUUUCGUAUGCGCAUGUCAAAAAAUGUACAUAUAAAUAGCAAUCGUGACAACUUCAUGUUUAAGUUGAAUAUAUAUGGAGCAGAUCUGCUCCUAAGCAUACGAAAGGUUAAGAAGUAAGUGAAAUUACUGAUACUUCAUAACAAAACUAAGCACAAACAGACUGGCAGAUUCCAGAGUUAUUAUGAAUUCUAUACACUGAAAUAUGGUGUUAAAUUUAGCAUAAAUGGUAACGGUUUGAUGAUUGAAGAAACAAAAUAAUUAAACAGUUCUCUUGGGUUUGAUGACGUCCACAUCCACACAAACUGGAAAAUAAUUAGAAACAGAAUUCAUUUUUUCAGUGAAUUGUACUUAGUACUAUUAAGAUAAAAUAUUUUCUAAUUUAUCUGUACCUUACCUUGGAAUAAAAUACUUAUUUUUA